AUGGCGCCGAAAUCUUCGGAGAUCAUCAAACUCCCGGGCGGUGCCGCCGCCCCCGUCGCCGCCGCCGACGACGACGAAAUCUCGGUGAUUUACGCGACGCCACUACCCGCAAACAAUGGCGCCACCAAGUUCGAUGCCAUAUCAGUCGAAGAUUACCGCCCAAAACUCAAACGGAGAACGAUCGGUUUAUCCCGAAACCCUUAUUCCGACGACGACGAGGUUAAAGUUCUUCAUAUUUUUCCCAAAUCCCGAAAAAAGGUUUUCCUCAAAGGCGAGUGCUCGUAUCCAGAGCCAGAGGGUGAUACCAAGCCGGUUCCCCGAUCGACGUUCAUGUGCGAAAUCUGUGCCGACGAAAAACCUAAGGAAGAAAGUUUCCCCAUUUUGGGCUGCCAUCACUCUUACUGUGCCGACUGCGUGAGAAAUUACGUGGGCGCAAAGCUGCAGGACAACGUUGUUUCCAUUAAAUGCCCUGUUUCCGGGUGCAAAGGCUCGCUCGAGCCUCAGCACUGCCGGUCGAUACUGCCUGAGCAGGUUUUCAACCGGUGGGGGGACGCAUUGUGUGAAGCCGUGAUCUUGGCUACUGAGAAAUUCUAUUGCCCGUUCAAGGAUUGCUCGGCCCUGUUAGUUGACGAGAGGAAGGGCAAAAACGAAGUGAUAGCGGAAUCUGAGUGCCCUAAUUGUAACCGGCUAUUUUGCGCUAAAUGUCGGGUGCCUUGGCACUCGGGUGUAACAUGCAAAGAGUUCGAGGGGCUGAAGAAGGGGGAGAGGACUCGUGAGGAUAUAAUGCUGAUGAGUCUUGCUAAGAACAAGAAGUGGAUGAGGUGUCCACAGUGCAGUAUUUACGUCGAGAAGAUUACCGGUUGCUUUUUCAUUACAUGCAGGUGUGGAUACAAUUUUUGUUACAAUUGCGGAGCUGCGAAUGUAGCACAUUAUGGUCAUAUAUGCAACAAGCUCGCCUAA